UGUUCUUUCAUCCUUAACAUAACUCAAAAAUACUAUGCCCCCAAAGAGAAAAACCGCAGCAUCAGCAGCCCAAAAAAUAGCCAGACUUGUAAAGAGUGAGCCUGUAAAAGAAAAGACACCAGAAAUAACAGAAGACGUCACAAUCAAAGAGGAGGAAGAGGAUGUGAAAUCAACGUCUGUUGAAACAACCACAGCACCUACGAAACGUAAACACGAAGACGAUAAAGACGAUGCUACUUCUUCUUCUCCCAAGAGCGGUCUUGCUGAUCGAUUAGCGAAAUUAAAGGAACUGAAAAGGCGUAGAGCAACAGAAGUAGAGCAAGGUAAUCGACGUGAUCGUAAUCUCGAAUUUCAGAGAACCAAAGAAAAUCCAAAGUUUGAAGAAAAGAACGAAAAGAAAAGAUUGGAAGCCUUAAAGUUAUUAGAGAAACAAGAAGCAAAAGACGCAGGAGAGGAUUAUGAACGUAAACAGUUUUGGAAAUAUUCUGCUGAAUCGGCUGCUUCUUGGGAGAAAAAGAUGGAGAAAAAGGCUAGAGCCGCAAAUAAUGGAUUCACUGAUCAUUCACAAGCUGCACAUAAGAAAUACAUUCGUCUCAUGUCUGAAUUCAAACCAGACAUGUCAGCCUAUUCAGACAUGAAGCUUGCAGAUAUCGAACGUGCUAUUCGUAAUGGAGAAGAUCCUUCAGAUAUUUCAGCCAUGGCAAAUAGUUUAGAUUAUGCAAGAUUAGACGAUAAACCCUCAAAAGAAGCAGUUGAUAGAUUAGCAGCAGAGACAAAGAAACAGAUCAUUCAACGUGAAACUAGAUCUCGUGACCGCAAGGAAGAAAGUGACGACAUCUCCUGGAUUAAUGAGAAGAAUCGUGUCUUUAACCAAAAGAUUGCAAGAUUUUAUGACAAGUAUACAAAGGAAAUUCGUGAAAAUCUCGAAAGAGGAACAGCAUUGUAAAAAAUGUGUGAUAUCAUUCAUAAUAAAAAAACCCUUUAUUUCUUUUUUAA